AUGGCCGCCUCAAAGGAACAAGUGCUUGAAUACAAUGACCUGAACGCCGACAAAUUCCCGGAACCGGUCGAGACGAUAAAGAUUGAUAAAUAUAAUCUGAGCGCUGCUACAGUUGACAUGAAGGACCCCGUCGUCGCACUUCUGGUUGGAUUGUUCACAAUACAUAGCCUUAUCCGCCGUAGCCUUCGCGCAGUAGCCCGUCAAGCUCGAAAUAUCGAACCUACAAAACGUGCCGCCUUCCUCGAAUAUGCUAAAAUGACUUUCGAAACCCUGGAUGGUCAUCAUCAUCACGAAGAGGAAAUAUUUUUCCCCAUAAUGAAACCAUACGUUGACUUUACAGAGUCAAGCCACGAGCAUGAAGAAAUCGAGCGAUUACUUCACCAGAACUUGGAGUAUGUUAAAACUGCGGAAACGCAUCUCAAGGGCGGCGAAGGUUCACCCGCAUGGCCAGGCGAGGAAAUCUCCUCCACCACGGAGCGACUGAUAGAAGUCUUGCUUCCCCAUCUUCAGAAAGAAGAGACUUUGUCCUCCUUAUACGCACGGAGAGUGCCUCCUACGGUUCUGGAAGAGUGCAAUAAUAAAAUCGAGAAAGCUGUUUUCGAAGAACUUAAGAAGCAGGGGAUGGUUUGGGGGACAUCCUAUCAGCUAAGGCAUUUUAAUAAGAAGGAGAAAGAAAUAUUUCCACCAAUGCCAACGCUUGUACGCCUAGGGAUUGAGUUUUUCGGGUGGCUAGGGUACGGGAAGGUCUUGCAAUUCGGCCCGACAGAGGAGGAGUUGAAAAACUGA